AAAUGCCCCCCUUUGCUCCUGACAUUAUGUUCAACCAUUGACCUCUGCACACCUAACACAAGCAUCAGGAAGGUGGACGCGAUGCACUGCAAGGCCAAGUACUGUAGUCUGCUGGGAGCUGACAAGCAAAGACGAUGCUGCGACGUGUACAGCCAGUGCUGCGCCUACGCCAACGUCCCUCACAGCAACAAUCCCUUCUACUUCGAGAAGAACCCUGUGAACUACUAGCCAGACCAAUGGAAUGAUUGACACUUCAGACAUCAAUCAUCCGUCAGCCAUCUAUCAGCCCGUAAACCUGUCAGCCAAUCGCUGUUAAACGUCAAGCUUAAUGCCGAACUUUCUGAUCAACCAAAUCGGCUCCAAUUCAUGGAUUCUCCUCUCGAACACCAGAUGAAGAUGAUCACCAGAUGAUCCUACGCAUACGCCGGCUCGAUGAGCAUUUAAAUGUGUUUUUUAACUAUACUGGCGAUAUAGAUCUACUCAACCUCUGCUAGUCUCAGUGCUCUCUCUCUCUCUCUCUCUCUCUCUCUCUCUCUCUCUCUCUCUCUCUCUCUCUCUCUCUCUCUCUCUCUCUCUCUCUCUCUCUCUCUCUCUCUCUCUCUCUCUCUCUCUCUCUCUCUCUCUCUCUCUCUCUCUCUCUCUCUCUCUCUCUCUCUCUCUCUCUCUCUCUCUCUCUCUCUCUCUCUCUCUCUCUCUCUCUCUCUCAAUUACGUAUAUUAUCAUCACCUCAAAAACCCAUAAUUUAAGAGUGCAUCAAGCAGCAUCGCAUAGAAACUCCCUCAUAAUGAAUACUGUCAAAAUGUAGAGAAGUUGAAGAAAUAUAUUGAAAAGUUGCGGUUUUGUGCUCCAAGUUACCCAAAACUGCGUCCCGGUGUUAAGCAGUUGCCUGACUUCCAUUUUAAUACACCCAGCUGUUGUACCAUUAGUUUGAAAACAUUGAGAGCUUUCAGCAGUCAGAUCCCCGCAUAUGGGAAGGCAAGUGCUCGUUUUCAUCAAAUCCUCGCCAGCCAAAUUUGGUGAAAUGAGACAGUUUUACCGAGAAAGCUUUCGUAACUUUGAGAAAUUGUAAGUUUCGCCUAAACUAUUUUUGUAAAAAGCAUGUAUGAGUAUAUUAUAUAUACAUUAUAUUUUAUAUUAUAAAGUAGUAGUGUGAGUGAAGAAAGAUGAACAUUCUAUACCUGCAAGAUCUUCAGUGCUUAUUUUCCUAUAGGAAAAUAGAGCUAUAUUGAAGGCUAUUAUGCUAGAUAAGGCAUUUCAAUCCGCCUCCUGGUUCUAUUACUCUUUCCCCACCUCUCCUUUCUUCCCCUACCUCCCUCGCUCCCUCUCUAUCUCCCUCCUUCAUUCCCUGUAUCCUUCCCUCUCCUCUAUAUGAUUGCUGUGAUUGAUCAUAAGUGAUAUUUCAUUAUUCCUGUACCUACUUUUAGUAAUUUCCACUGGUGAAAUGAGUUUCUAUUAGUUGCAGUAUAGGUACUCCUCAAGGCUGGAGGAGCACGUACAGGUACCCCUCCAGCCUGGAGGAGCACGUGCAGGUACCCUCCAGCCUGGAGGAGCACAUACAGGUACCCCUCCAGCCUGGAGGAGCACGUACAGUACCCCUCCAGCCUGGAGGAGCACGUGCAGGUACCCCUCCAGCCUGGAGGAGCACGUGCAUGUACCCCUCCAGCCCGGAGGAGCACGUGCAGGCACCCUUCCAGCCCGGAGGAGCACGUACAGGUACCCCUCCAGCCCGGAGGAGCACGUACAGGUACCCCUCCAGCCUGGAGGGGCACGUGCAGGUACCCCUCCAGCCUGGAGGAGCACGUACAGGUACCCCUCCAGCCCGGAGGAGCACGUACAGGUACCCCUCCAGCCUGGAGGGGCACGUGCAGGUACCCCUCCAGCCUGGAGGGGCACGUGCAGGUACCCCUCCAGCCUGGAGGAGCACGUACAGGUACCCCUCCAGCCUGGAAGAGCACGUACAGGUACCCCUCCAGCCUGGAGGAGCACGUACAGGUACCCCUCCAGCCCGGAGGAGCACUUACAGGUACCCCUCCAGCCUGGAAGAGCACGUACAGGUACCCCUCCAGCCUGGAGGAGCACGUACAGGUACCCUUCCAGCCCGGAGGAGCACGUACAGGUACCCCUCCAGCCCGGAGGAGCACGUGCAGGUACUCCUCCAGCCUGGAGGAGCACGUGCAGGUACUCCUCCAGCCUGGAGGAGCAUGUGCAGGUACUCCUCCAGCCCGGAGGAGCACGUACAGGUACCCCUCCAGCCUGGAAGAGCACGUACAGGUACCCCUUCAGCCUGGAGGAGCACGUACAGGUACUCCUCCAGCCUGGAGGAGCACGUUCAGGUACUCCUCCAGCCUGGAGGAGCACGUGCAGGUACUCCUCCAGCCUGGAGGAGCACGUGCAGGUACCCCUCCAGCCCGGAGGAGCACGUGCAGGUACUCCUCAAGCCCGGAGAAGCACGUGCGGGUACUCCUCAAGCCUGGAGAAGCACGUGCAGGUACUCCUCCAGCCCGGAGAAGCACGUGCAGGUACCCCUCCAGCCCGGAGGAACACGUGCAGGUACUCCUCAAGCCUGGAGGAACACGUGCAGGUACCCCUACAGCCUGGAGGAGCACGUGCAGGUACCCCUCCAGCCUGGAGGAGCACGUACAGUACCCCUACAGCCUGAAGGAGCACGUGCAGGUACCCCUCCAGCCUGGAGGAGCACGUGAAGGUACCCCCUCCAGCCCAGAGGAGCACGUGCAGGUACCCCUCCAGCCUGGAGGAGCACGUACAGGUACCCCUCCAGCCUGGAGGAGCACGUACAGUACCCCUACAGCCUGGAGGAGCACGUGCAGGUACCCCUCCAGCCUGGAGGAGCACGUACAGUACCCCUACAGCCUGGAGGAGCACGUGCAGGUACCCCUCCAGCCUGGAGGAGCACGUGCUGGUACCCCUCCAGGUUGGAGGACAAGUACAGGGACUUCUUUUGUAGUACAAACCAAUAAUUUUACCAAUAAUUUGAAAACUGUUGCGAUUACUUCAAUCAUUACUACAAAUAUUAAGACAUUGACGUUCAAUUCAAGACAUACUUAUUGCAACUAUUUUUUUUACUGUAAGUCUAAACAUAUGCUUACAUGUGUUUAAAUUAUAAUUGUAUUACCACUCUCUCUCUAUGUAUUACUUCAACUUUAUUGCUGCCAGGAUCUAGGAUAUAUAUUUUUUUCUUUAAGAAAAAUGGUUUAAAGUGCUUAAUAAAGUCAUAUAUAUUUUAGGUAUAAGUCUUAACUAAAGUACAAAAUAUAUAUUACAUUUGAGCUUU